AUGGAAGGCCUGUUCACCUGCUUGAGAUGUGCAAGAGCACUCUCAGGUGUAGCUCGACAGCGGCCGAAUACUAGAUUCGUCCAGCAGAUCCCCGGCCGUCGCAGCUUCACCUCCAGCAGCUCGUUGAUGCACCCACCGCGAAAUCAAUCGAGAGCUGAGCAGAUCCGAAGCUCUAAAGGUUCAUCCCGGCCUGUGUCUACUGCUACCGCCCCUGCGGAAGAACCUGAUAACUUCGAGCGACACAAUAUUCCCCCUACUGAUUAUGGCGAGUGGCGUGCCCAUGGCCGAGUGGUCCUGAGACCCGGCAAUCUCUUCCAUCCCUUCUCCAGAUCACCAAUCCCCGAGAUCCGGCAAAGGGCACGUUUUAUGAGACAGCAUGCGUUAUGCCCACACCCCGUGCAUCAACAGACGCGGGUACCGAUUUCGCCCCACGAUCCGGAAGCGAGGAAAAUCGAGGGAGUGAGCACGGAACCUCCAGCUCACGUUGCGUUUGAGUGCCCAGAUUGCGGCAUAGCGACAUACUGCUCCGAGGAACACUGGGCGGAUGACUUUGAGGCACACUUAGAGAUAUGCGAUACACUGAGACAAAUCAACGAGGACGACCAUGAUCUGAGAUCGGGAAGAUGGUUCCCUGAGUUUGAGUAUCCCGGACCUCAGAUGGAUGAAGCUUUGGUCAAUAUGACCAAUUGGGACACCUAUCUCUACACGCGGCAAUAUGAAGCAGUAAAUGACGAGAGGAGCAUGCGACAAGUCACGAAAUUAUUGACAUAUCCUCUGACGAUCGGGAGUGUCUUGCAUGAACUGAGUCCAUACAACAUCAGGACUGGCGGGCGGCUAACUGCAGAGGGAUUGAAGAGUUUGUCAGCACUACGGUAUACAUUGCAUCCGCCUAAAACGGGUCAAGGCAAAGAUAUCAAAGGUCUAAGGCUGUCAAGUCCUCCAGUCCGGAUAUUUGUCCUAGGUGCACGAGCCGAGUCAUCUCUCCCCCGUGAGGUGUGGACGCAGCUGUCGUACCUUUUCCCCCUCUCACUGAUUCAUCUCAUUUUCAUUGGCCCCGAGUCAAUGAUGAACCGAGACGCAGAAUAUCCUCUGCCCGAGAGGACACCUCAGAAUCCAUUUGGUGCCAUUGUCGAAGACCGUGUAUCGCCCAAGAUGAAAAUCACCACCUACGUGGACUAUUUCCACACCCUGCAUGAAGCAAAUGUGUUCUAUCCUUACGACCCGUAUUUUGAUUGCUUCAUGUUGUUUCACCCUGGCUUAGGUCACCCCGCGUCUUCACUCGAAUGGGAAGCCACCUUGCCUCGACUGCUUGAGACCAAAAUUCCCGUGAUAUGUACGGGGUACACGGAAUGGGACAUGACGCGCGAUUGGCAAUGGGUCAUGGAGAAAUGUGCAGGCGAAGUCGAUCUGCUGAUGGAACCUGGAGAGAACAGAUUCCGGUCUCUGAGAUGGGACUUGAAUGAUCUUGAUCCUCAGGACAUUAGCUGUGGGAACUGGGGAGUGUGGGCUUUCAGAGGCAAGAGGUACGAAGCGACUCGUCGGGAUCUGACGUGA